AUGCCGUCUCCACCAAGGUACGUUUUUCUAGAGCGGGAGUUUCUAGGUGGCGACGAUACUGGUAAUACAGUUAGUGGGGGCAUGGUGGUUAGCAGUGAUGGUGAUGGUGAUGGUGAUGCUCGUGGUGGUUGUGGUCGCUGUGGUGGUGGUAGUGUUUGGUCGUGGUGGUGA